AUGUACCAAGUUCCCCCACUUCGUCCCUCUCGGGAUAUUCGUUGUGCAUCUCCGGGUCUUGUGUCCUCAUUCCAAAUGACGGAACACAGCAGCAACUGGCAAUCAACUCAUGCGUCUUUGGAAAUAUUCCCAGACGAUAUCAUCGAGCAAGUACUACAGCAUGUAUCGCCAUUGGACAAUCUGAAAGGCCUACAAAGAGUCUCGCAAAGGUUGCGACGGCUAGCAAGUGAGCCUCUCCUGUGGCGGCACCACUGCCUGGCGACUUUCCGGUAUUGGCAACCGGAACAUGGAUUGGAGCUACUUUUGAAGAGAAAUGCCUCUGCCACAAACUGGAAAGCCUUGUUUCUCAUGCGCCAAAAGCAAAACGCAUCAAUAGCACGUAUCCUCCACCGCGUUGUCGCCACCGGAGUAGAGCGCAUCGCGGGCAUGCACCAGAUCUGUCAGUAUGGUUACGAUGCUAAGGAUUUUCUUAUCGAAAAAUGUCGCACAACAUACGAGCAUCCGGAUGUUCUGGCAGUAAGGCACUAUGCAGGAGCUAUCCUCGGCAGCAUACAUCGGGCCCUUGCUGUUCAGCAAUGGUUCCAAGUAAGCAAUUCGAACUCAACAGAUCCUCUUAAUAUACAGCCAUCUUUAGAAAAGUCACUGGCUGCCUUUGAUCUUUUCGUCCUCCAUGAUCAGCCCGGCGAUCUCAACGAGACCAGUCAAAUGUUAGAUAGCUACGCCAGACUCUUCAUGAGACUGCAACCGCAGUGGAGCGAGAAAAGCACGAGGCAGAAAGCUCUGGCGUUGAACCAGUGGAUACGUGCGAAUAAUCUUGCCGGGCUGGAUGAUCAUCGACUGGAUUACAGAAACCUGCGGAAUUGCUUUAUUGGACAGGCACUGCGAGACUCGAGACAUGAGUCAAUACCCAUAAUCUCCUGCGCAAUAUACUGUUGCAUUGCCGAGAGAAUUGGACUGCAAGCGGAAUGCUUCUUGGCGCCUAUGUGCGUCCAUGUUGUUGUUACCGCACCGACUGGCUAUGAUCUGGACAUGAAUCAUAGCAGCCAUGAACAUCAGAUGUAUCUCAAUCCAUUCAGUCAGGAUGGCGAAGUAUCUGUCGACAGUUUGGAACAUCUGGUGUCACACGCUGACAUGACCAUCGAGAAUUUGCGCAAUUCUGGAACAGUCUUCGCCGUCACCACGCGAACAGCGCACAACAUCGAGGCAUCCCACGCCGCAGGAACCCACCGUGCCGACCCCUUGUCUAUUAGCAAGCUGCUCCACGGCCAUGCCGCUCUCAAUCGUCAGCUGGCACUCUACGCUACGCGCUGGGCACUGCUCAUCCUGCAGGUUCCCUUCACCAGAAUGUGGCUAGAUCGCCGCACCCAGCUUCUGCGACACAUUGUCCGCGACUGGCCGGAAGAUGAGUGGAUCAUGGCCAAGUAUGUGCUGGCGCAGGGCCAACGUACUGGUGUCAACGCCGCCGUGGCGCAGGCGAACAUUUUAAUUGCUGACGGAGUGCAACGCCUGGACCAGUUACAGCCCGAUAUAUUCCAGACUGACCUGACCGAGGAGUGCGUGGCCCCCUUUCGGCUGGGCCAAAUAUUUGUGCACAAACGCUACCAGUGGCUCGGUGCGAUUGUAGGAUUCUACGGAGUACCGCCGGCUUCAUGGGGAGUAUUUGACGCGGCAUCCGAGGGCUACGGCGCCGCGCAAAGCACCACCGACGAUCGGGGCAGAUUCUACAUCAAGACCAUAGUUGCCUCCAGUACCGACGAACGCAUCAUUGCUCCUGGAAAUUUAGAAGUGAUCGAGGACGAAUCGCGGGUGGUGAGAGACAUGUUUCCGUUGGCGGGCAAGUACUUUAAGAGAUUCGAUCGCGAGAACUGCCGCUUCAUAUCCAAUAUUGACGAGGAAUACCCACGUUUGACUGUCUUGAAGUGA